GGCCGCCAUAAGGCUCCUUUUUUUCCCCAUUUACUGGAGCUGUGUUUUUCUUCUCUUUCUUGUAGGCGUUACCAAACGGCGCCCUAAUUCCAGAGAGUUCUACGCUCCUGUCUCUGUCGACGUUUAUUUCCUGUUCCCCAAGUAAUUCGGAAAACCGCUCGGAUUAAUUUCAGAAAAAUACCAUGUUUUAGCUUCACAAGCGAAGGACCAAAAGCUAAGAUCAGAAAAAAGGGGGUUCAGGUCGAGGGAUUGUAAAGAAUGGUAGAAGAAUCUGAGCAGACCCAAAAUCAAUGGAUGAGUAUAGAUCAAUCCUCAAGAGUUGAAAUUGACAAAACUGUUUCAUUGAUGACUGAGCCAAUGGUGACAGAGGGCAUUGAAGCUACACAACCUCAACCUCAACCGCGCCGUUCCACCACCACAUCAAAUGACCAAUUGGGUGUCACAGAGAGAGCAUUUUCUGCUGCCGGUGCCGCCUUUCUAUCGGCAAUCAUUGUCAACCCACUUGACGUUGCUAAGGUUUUUUAUUUAAAUUUAUGGGGUGCACAAUAUUGUGUUUUUGUGUUGCUCAUUUAUGCUGUUUGUAUUCUUUUGAUCUUUUAGUUAUGCUCAUUGAUACCUUCAAGCUUUUGUGUUUACAUUUGCUUAUAGUUAGCUAUUUGCAUUGGUUUUGUGGGUAUUUCGGCAUGCUAGUAGUUGCCUAUCCCUUGGUUUUGUGUUUCUUCUGGGUUUCUUAGAUUUUUAGUUUGCCGUUAAUGUAAUAAUGUUAUGAUUGCACAUUGGUUAGAAAGGGGUGAUCUAUGGGCUGGAUUAAGAUAUCCACGGUAUGUGCAAGCAUACUAUUUGGGUGUUGAAUGAUGAUCGUUGAAUGAAGCUGCUAAAAGGGAAAGGGUUACUAGCAGGUCAGUGACGAUAGGGUGGGCCACUAGGGACAUUGGCUACGGAGCAUGAUGGUGUGUUGCGCUCCACAUUGGUUACCAAUGGCCUUGAGUAUUUGAGUAUAUUUCAAGCCCAUGUCCAAGGAGGUGUUCUACUACCCAAGGACAAGGUUGCAAGCACAGGCAGCCGGAGUUCCUUACUCUCAUCCGCUAAGUAAUUUUACAAGUCGCAUGGCCUUUUUCGGACCAAACAUGAUGUUUGCAGAUCUAAGGUGUUCUCCGUCAUGCACCCGUGCUGGCAUUCAAGGUACUGUAUCAAUUUGCCCUCCUGAUUGUUUCCAGUACAAAGGGACUCUAGAUGUCUUCUACAAAAUCAUUCGACAGGAAGGAAUUUCAAGGCUAUGGAGAGGCACAAAUGCAGGUCUAGCGCUUGCUGUACCAACUGUUGGAAUCUACUUGCCAUGUUAUGACAUUUUCCGAAACCAGUUGGAGGCAUUCACAGCCGAGAAUGCCCCAAGCAUGACAGCAUAUGCCCCUUUAGUGGCGGGGGCAUUGGCACGCUCAUUGGCUUGCACAACUUGUUACCCCAUUGAACUUGCUAGAACGCGCAUGCAGGCAUUUAAGGAGUUUCAGAGAGGUAAGAAGCCUCCUGGUGUGUGGAAGACUUUAAUCGAAGUUGUCUCUCAUGUCAAGAGCACAAGUAACCUUCAGAACAACUUACCGAGCUACCGUCUCCUCUGGACAGGCCUCGGGGCACAGCUUGCUCGCGAUGUUCCUUUCUCUGCAAUAUGCUGGUCCACCCUUGAGCCAGUCAGAAGAAGACUUCUUAGUGUAACAGGUGACGAAUCCAACGCAGUCACUGUCCUUGGGGCAAAUUUCUCUGCCGGCUUCGUUGCAGGUAGCCUUGCUGCUGCGGCAACAUGUCCGUUAGAUGUUGCUAAAACUCGGAGGCAGAUUGAGAAGGAUCCAGUUAGGGCAUUGAGGAUGACAACAAGACAAACGUUGAUGGAGAUUUGGAGAGAUGGAGGUAUGAGGGGACUGUUUACAGGCGCCGGUCCUCGUGUCGGUCGUGCAGGCCCUUCUGUUGGGAUUGUAGUUUCCUUUUAUGAAGUGGUGAAGUAUGUUCUACAUCACAGCUAUGCAACUUCUUCAUGAGAAGAUGCACAGAGCUGUUUUCUUUCUGAGUUUAGCUUCUCCUUCGUGGAAAAUUUUCACCAUUCCUUGGCAGAAACCCUUGGUUCCGCGAGGAAGACCUAGUGGCAUCUCUGUGGAUACAGUAGCAUACAGAGGAGCAGUUUUGACAUGGUAGAUGCUCUUCUCAAGUCCUAGUGCAGAAAACUCUCUUACCCACCCACACACACACACACACACAAUCUCCGUCUGUCUCGAACUUUGGCUGUUGCCUGUUUGACUCUUUUCAUGCCAUGACAUGAAAAUCCAAGAGACUCGAUGGAUCCUUGACUUUAUACAAAGUUUUGUAGCAUAAUCGUCGUCCAUAAGCAAUUUUUUUCCUGAGUUGAUCUCAGUUUUGCUUAUUCAUGUAACUUCAAGUCUCAUAUGGGGAUAUAAGCAAUUUUUAUUUUUCUGCCUUGUUUUGUUUUGUUGGCGACACUUCCUCAACAAGUUUAUAUGCUGAGAUAGGACUUUAUUUAUCCGCUUGGAAUUAUCAAAGAUGUGUACCUAAUCUCAGGUUAUUAUUAAAUACUAUUUAUCUUUUGUUUUUACUUU